AUGGUGUAUUGUGGACGCCCUUCCACUAGCUGCAACAACUGUCGGGCCAAGAAAAGACGAUGCGAUAAGGCUGUUCCCGGAUGUGGACAAUGUCGACGUAUGGGACAGCAAUGUCCGGGCUAUCGAGACCCUGCAAGUCUUAUCUUUCGAGAUGAGAGCAGCCAGAUCGGUGACAAAGUCCGGGCAAGAAUUGCGAAGCGUGACACUUCUCGUGGGCACACCCCGGGCUCGAUCGGUCCGUCGCAGAGUGCAGGAUUACAAGUGCAACUAGAACAGGGAAUACUAAGUGAAGACCCUGCAUUCACUGACCAUAGUCAGAAUACCCUGGGGGGCAAUGACCUGCAAGUAGAUAACACUUCCCCAGAUGCUAAUAAUGCGAGUGUGGACGCGCUAGAGCGCAAUCCAUCCUCGUCCUGGUCCGGAUUGGGGAGCGAGGAUGUAGGGAACGAGGAGGAAGACAGGGGCGAAGACCCUCUCAAUCAAAGGGCGAUACCCCCACCGUUUGUCCUGCCACUUGAUAUGAUCGGGUUAAACUACUUCCUAGUACACUAUGUCGUGCGGCAGUCUCCACCCUCAUCUGGGUUUCUCGACUACGUUCCCAGCAUUCUCACAUUAGACGAUGACAAUGAGAUUCUACAGGGAGCCAUUCUAGCCGUGGGCUUCGCUGGUUUGGCCCAUAGCACCCAUCAGGUCGAUCUACGUUGUAGAUCAAGAGCCAUGUAUACGAGAACUAUCAAACGAAUGAACUGGGCCUUGACGGAUCCUCAGACGGCACGCCGGCAUAGUACAAUCGUCUCGGUUCUGAUUUUGUCCCUUUAUGAAUUCGGUGAGUCGUCACUUAAUGGAUGGGAUCGACAUAUCCAUGGUGCGACCUCACUGCUAGAGCUGCGGGGCAAGGCCCAAUUUACCACACCUGUUGGCCUCCAGAUAUUCAAGGACAUCUUUAGCCAUCUUCUCAUAAAUUGCCUACGCAUGGGGAGUCCAAUACCUGCACCACUUCGCAUGAUCCGCGCCGAGGCUGCCAAAGCUAUUAGUGCUUCCGACCCCUACUGGGUUGCCAGUAGUAGCCUUGUGGAAAUCAUGGAUCUUUAUUCCCAGAUAUCCCCUGGAGGCUAUGAAUUCACCCGUAGUAGUGAAGUCGACAGCAGAGAAACUAGCGCCACAGAAAGACAGCUACCUAUCGACGAGCUCCAGCGUUACCUAUCCCAGGCUUUAGAUAUUGACCACCGACUCGAGAGUCGAUUUUCGGAAUGUUCACCAGAGUGGCAGUUCACUGUCGUGCAACUCGCUAGUCCGGACCCUACUCGGGUCCAUGGUGGCGUCUACCAUAGCUAUCACGACGCUGGGGUCGUCGGAGUUUGGAACGAUAUGCGUACCUGUCGCGUCUUGGCCAAUCACGCCAUCUGUCAUCUUCUAUUAAGAGGAGCCAAGUCGGACCCUAGUUGGUUCUUCUCCAGAAACUACGCCGAUCAACUACAGGAGACUAGUCGAACGAUGAGGCGGAUUCGCGAUGACAUCCUGGCCUCCCUACCCCAGCAGAUGAGCUACUUUCCUUUCCCCGCCCUGGAGCGAUUGCAGCCAGUGAACCUGGGGCAGUAUUUCAACCAAGCGACGACACCAGGCAGCAAGUUGUCUGCUCUUUCGACGGCAACUUUCAACAAUACACUCGACUUCCAGCAAUCUACGUACACAGGCGCAGGAGUGGGUGCGUAUUUCGCCAGCUGGAUGCUCUUGCUUGCCGGUUGUAUGCACACCAACUCAGAGGACACGCGACAAUGGAUAGUAGCCCAACUACGACGCAUCAGCCUGCAGUCAGGCUUGGCGCAAGCCGACUUCUUUGCCGGUUGCGUCGAGUCAAAUAAAGUCCGGCCGCCACUGAGUACCUAA